AUGUGCCCGGCAUGUGGAGCGUGGAUAGGCUACAGCGUGAAACUUGUGUUAUGGACAUGUGUGCAAGGAAGCGAAGUGCCUCCGAAAGCACAUGCCGGUGGCACGGUGCCCGCCAAAUUUCAGAGGAUUCCUUCUGGUGGUGGUCCAAAACCGCUGAUCAUCCCAAAGCCGCUCCUGACCCCGAAACCAGGGCUCACCACACCAAAGCCAGUGGUUACACCACCACCGGGUGGCGUGGUGCGUCCGAAGUUGCAGAUUCCAGGUGGCCCAAAGCCACCAUCCGUCGCACCUCCACAGGGUUUGAUGCAGAGCAUGCCGAAGCAGCCAGGGGUUAUUCCCCCAAAGGUUGCUGGAAGUGCAUUGCCAGCCAGACCUGUGGCCGCGGCUGCCGUGGCGGACGAUCAAUAUGAUUGGUCCGGAGGAUGGCAAAAUGGCAGCAACGGAUGGGAUUCUGGCGGAUGGGACGACUGGAACACAGGUCAAAGCAAGGGAGGUGGAGGCAAGGGGAAGGAUGGCAAAGGCAGGCGGGGCAAGGGCAAGGGUAAAGGCGACGAUUUGGAAGUCGUUGUCAAGGGAUUCCCGUCCACCACUGACGAAGCCAGCCUCAGGGCUUACUUCGCGUGUUGUGGCGAAAUCACCCGUGUCAGCAUACCUCGCGCCAAGGACGGCUUGCCCAAAGGUGCGGCAUUUGUUGGCUUUCAGACUCAGGAGGGAGUGAAUGCCGCUUGUUCUUUUGACAAGUCCCUCUUUAUGGGCAUUAGCCUCACUGUCCGGCCAGCAAGUGAGAAGCACGAGGGAGGAGGCAAGAGGAAGAGCAACGACGACCUGACCAUUGUCAUCAAGGGAUUUCCCGAUCACGCAGAUGAAGCAUCGCUGACGGCAUUCUUCUCGUCUUGCGGCGACAUUGCCAGGGUCAACCUGCCUAGGAACAAGCAGGAUGGAAGAUUAAAGGGUGCUGGAUUCAUAGAAUUCAAGACGCAGGAAGGUUUCAACACCGCUCUCACUUAUGACAACUUCCUGUACAUGGGUGCCCCGCUUCGGGUGAAGCACGCUUCAGACAAGAGCAAGGGCGGCGGCAAAGGAAAGGACAAGGAAGACGAACUAACCGUCGUUGUGAAAGGUUUCCCGUCAGAGACCAACGAAGAAAUGUUGAACAGCGCUUUCUCACCGUGUGGCGAGAUCGUCCGCUUGAAUUUGCCUCGCGGAGCAGAUGGCAUGCCUAAAGGCACCGCCUUCAUUCAGUUCACAGCUGACGAGAUGGUCCAGAGGGCGACAGAGCUCAACGGCACAGAUUUUUUCGGGGCGGGCAAGAUUAGUGUGCACCGUGCGACGGACAAGGGCAAGAGGGGCGAGAAGAACGACGACCACACCGUGGUGGUUAGAGGUCUUCCUGACUGGCUGACGGAAGCGCAGCUGAAAGCCGACUUCGCCACCUGUGGACUAUUGAAGAGGGUUUCAAUGCCCUCUGGUAAGGACGGCAAAGGAAAGGGAUUUGCAUAUGUGCAGUACAAGAACGACGAGUCGAUGAAGAAGGCUACGGAGUGGAACAACACCUGGUACAAGGGCUCCAACAUCACGGUGGAGAAGUUGGGCGAGGAAACCAAAGGCAAAGGCCGAGGUCGACGGGGAAGGGAAAAGAAGGAAAAGCUUCCAGAAGGACCCACUGUUCAUGUUGGUAGCCUAUCCUACGAGGUUGACGAUGAGAUGUUGAAGCAAGCCUUCUCUGCUUGUGGAGAGGUGGUUGCGAGCCGGGUCUUCGUCAGCAGCAAGGGCAAGUCCAAAGGCAAGUCUCGCGGCAGCGGUCUGGUCGUGUUCGCCACGGAGGAAGCCCAGAAGAAGGCAGUGGCAACGAUGAAUGAGGUUGAACUAGCAGGUCGCAACAUCACCGUGCGUGAGUACACGCAAGAGGAAGAGGUCAAGCUGGACUUCAGCGCCCUGGAGGGCGAAGGAGACAAGACGUUGCUUGAAGAAGAAGAGGAAGACGAUUGGGAGAACUUUGACUGGGAUGCUGACGAUGGCUCCGAUGAUGACGACGAGGAUGAAGACGAUGACGAAUGGGAAGAACGGGAAGAAGAGGAUGAGAUUGAGGCGGAAGGCGGCGGCACCGCAGAGGAGGCACCGCAGCAGGCGCAGGCAGAGCCACCCACAGCGGCGCAAGAGGCGCCAGACGUCCAGCCGCAAGUGCCGACGGACAUGGACACUUCGCAAGCGGUCUCAGUGCCGGCUGACGUUGCCGCAGCUGCACCACAGGCACCGAUGGAGGUGGCACAAUCGGACGCGGCACCUGCAGAUGGAGGUGAAAAGCCCAAUGAGCGAGAGAAGCGCCGCAGCCGUAGCCGCAAGCGCAGCAGGAGUCGGAAGAGGAGUCGAAGCCCCAGGCGCCCCCGACGGGCACGGCCAGCUGAACCACCGGCGGAAGAGGUGGAGCUGACCACAAAGGAGGAGAUCCUUAUCAUGGAUCCGGAUGGCCAGCAGAUUCCACCAGUGGGCUUCAACACCUUUGAUGACUGCCCUUUCCCUGCGGAGGUGCUGGACGAGGUGAGGAGAAAUGGCUUCGUGAAGCCCAGCCCGAUCCAGAUGUAUUCCUGGCCUUUGGCGGUGCAGGGGAAGGACAUCAUCGGCAUCGCAACAACCGGCAGUGGAAAGACGGUGGCCUUCCUGUUCCCGGCCUUUAAGUUCAUCAUCGAGACAAAGGCGGAGGCGAAAGAUCCUACACUUCUUUGCUUAUCGCCGACUCGCGAACUAGCAGUCCAAGUCGAGAACGAGGCCCACAAGUUUGGACGUGAUGCCGGCAUCGUGACUGUUUGCGUUUAUGGAGGCGUCGGCAACAAGCGCGACCAAGGCAGAGACUUGGCGAAGGGUUGCCACGUUGUGGUGGGCACACCGGGUCGGCUCAACGACUUCGUUGAGGGGAAGGAACUCUACUUGAGCAACGUGUCAAAGUUGGUUGUGGACGAAGCCGACAGGAUGCUCGACAUGGGCUUCGAACCUCAAAUUCGCAAGGCAGUCAAGGAGGUAAAGGAGAAAACAGAAAGGCAGACCCUCUUCUUCACAGCAACAUGGAACGCGAACGUCCAGAAGAUAGCUGCCGAAUUCGUGAACAACCCUUUCCAGGUCAAGAUCGGCAGCACAGAGCACUUGAAAGCUUCGGAUACCAUCAAACAGAUCGUCAAGAUUGUCGACCCUGACAAGAAGGUACGUCACCUCACGAAGCUCUUCCUGGAGUAUGACAUCUCUGAGAAGGGCCGUGGCGAGAAUCGUGCGAUGAUCUUCUGCAACACGAAGAAGACCUGCGAGCAGCUUGAGGACGGAUUGAAUCGAGCGCGGGUGCGCUGCGACUCCAUUCAUGGCGACAAGGAGCAGAAAGAGCGCGAGCGUGCUCUGAAUGAUCUCCGGGACGGUUACACAAAGAUUAUUUGUGCGACGGACGUGGCUGCUCGAGGGUUGGAUGUCAAGGGAGUGACCUUGGUGAUUAACUACGACCCACCCAAGAAUGCCGAAGACUAUGUGCAUAGGAUUGGCAGAACUGGGCGUGCCGGGCAUUCCGGUACUGCAGUCACUUUCCUGACUGAUCGCGAUGACUUCCAAGGGCGACAAAUCCGCACUGUCAUGCUCCGCAAUAACCAGGAGGUGCCUCGCGAGCUGCAGGCGCUGGUGGAUGGCACAUUGCCUCGCCGACGCCGGAGUCGCUCCAACCGGCGGCGCAGCCGCUCCCGGCGAGGGGGCCGCAGCCAGGACCGGCGCCGGCGUAGUCGGUCUAAGCGACGCAGCCCACGCCGGAGCCGUGAGCGGCGUAGCAGGGAGCGACGAAGCCGGGAUCGACGCAGUCGAGAUCGCGGAGAUCGGGAGCAUCGAAGUCGAGAUCGGCGCAGCCGCAGCCGAGAUCGCCGAAGCCGAGAAAGGCCUCAGAAAAGAAGUGAGCCACGGGAUGCCAGGUCUCGAUCAAGAGACGGUGGCGGUGGUGGCUUCGACCAACCUCCAAGCUCUCAAGCCUGGACUCCACCACAAUCAGGAUACCCAGACUACCCGCCCCAAACCCAAGCAGCUCCAGCCCCAGCAUACCCUACUCCCCAACCAGCCCCAGCGUACCCUUCUCCCCAAGCAGCCCCCGCCUACUCCGCUCCUCAGGCAGCCCACGCCUACCCUCCCCAGACAGCUCCAGCAUACGCUUCUCACUAUCCUGAUGCUUCCGCAGUGCAGACAUACCCCUCAGCGCACACCCCUGCGCAAGCGGCCCCUGCCCAACCCCAGUACAGCUGGUUGAAAGCGGAACCGGCAGCUGCAGCAGCCCCUCACUAUGCACAACCAGCCCCUCACUAUGCGCCCCCGGCAGGUUACUCUGCUCCUGCGCCCCAGUGGGGGGGUGCACCGCAGCAGGCUGCCCCGCAAGUGAUUCCUCCACCCCAGCACUACGCAGCUGCAGCACAACCUCAGCAAGUGCCCCCCAGGCAGUACAGCUGGCUCCAGUAG